UAAAAUCCACCUAUGGUAGCGUCUCUCCUCCGAAAAGUAAAACGCAAUAGCUACAAAUAUUCCACAUUGGAGCACCAUUGCUAUUCUCCCUCUUUAAAACCCUACCACCACCACCACUGCUACAAUGGCUUUUUCCGAGUUCCGACCUCUCGAUGAGAAGACACUGAUCGAAUACAUAAAGUCUGUCCCUGCCAUCUCCUCCAAGCUAGGCAACAAAUUUGAUGACUUAUCUGUCAAAGAAGUUGGAGAUGGCAACCUUAACUUUGUCUACAUUAUCGUCAACUCCGCAGGUUCUAUUGUCAUCAAACAGGCUCUUCCGUAUAUUCGUUGCAUAGGGGAAUCAUGGCCAAUGACGAAGGAGAGAGCAUACUUUGAGUCGUUAGCGCUGAAAGAAGAAGGUCGCUUGUGCCCUGAGCAUGUUCCGGAAGUGUAUCACUUUGACCGUACCAUGUCUUUGAUCGGUAUGCGUUACGUGGAACCCCCACACAUAAUCCUCAGAAAAGGAUUGAUUGCUGGGGUUGUGUACCCUUUGCUGGCUGAGCACAUGGCUGAUUUCAUGGCAAAGACACUCUUCUUUACGUCUCUCCUUUUCCGCUCCACUACUGAGCACAAACGUGACGUUGGCGAAUUUUGUGGAAAUGUGGAGUUAUGCAGGCUCACUGAGCAGGUUGUUUUCUCUGACCCUUAUAAAGUUUCUGAAUAUAAUCGGUGGAAUUCCCCUUAUCUUGAUCAUGAUGCCGAGGCUGUUCGGAAGGACAAUCUACUGAAGCUUGAAGUUGCUGAGCUGAAAUCUAAGUUCUGUGAGAGGGCCCAGGCACUAAUACAUGGAGAUCUACACACUGGUUCUGUGAUGGUUACUCCUAAAUCAACUCAAGUUAUUGACCCAGAAUUUGCAUUUUAUGGACCAAUGGGUUUUGAUAUUGGAGCAUUCUUGGGAAACUUGAUUUUGGCUUUCUUUUCGCAAGAUGGACAUGCUAAUCAAGAAAAUGAUCGAAAAGCAUACAAGGAGUGGAUUCUUAAGACAAUUGAAGACACUUGGAAUCUUUUCUAUCAUAAAUUCACUGCACUUUGGGACGAGAACAGAAAUGGUUCUGGCGAGGCAUAUCUUCCGGCAAUCUAUGACAAUCCUGAGGUUCAGUUGCUUGUACAGAAGAAAUACAUGAGAGAUUUGUUUCAUGACAGUCUUGGUUUUGGUGCUGCCAAAAUGAUAAGGAGAAUAGUUGGUGUGGCACAUGUUGAGGAUUUUGAAUCAAUUGCUGAUGUUGGUAAACGGGCAACCUGCGAACGGCGGGCACUUGAUUUAGCUAAGAUGCUUCUCAAAGAAAGAAGAAAAUUUGAAGGCAUUACUGAAAUUGUUUCAGCUAUUCGGCAAUAUUAGCCAUCACAAGGUUUUGCUAUAUCACUAACUCCAUCAUGUAUCGUAUUUUCCAAUAUAUUACCUCUGAGAUUUCGGCUGUGUUGUACUACUAUAUAUAACUGUUUCUCUGUCAACAUUAUGUAUAAAAAGAAUAAAAUUUUCUGUCUCUUUUCCCUGGGAUUUGCCACUAAUAACAGUUUCUAAUAGUGUACUUCCGUCA